CACAAUUUCUAUUUGUAUUUGUAAAUAUUGCUUCUCGGUGGACCAAAAACAAAUUAACAAAUUAUAAAUUGAUUGAAUGUGCGCAUUUCAAUUCAGGUGACAGGAGCCUCACACACUGAAACGGUCCACACGUAGAGGAGAAUCAAUAUUCAUGCUACUCUCCGCAAAGGAAAGCAACACUUCCAAGAUAACGGCGAUGGCGGCGGCAGCCGGCAGCGGCGGUCUAUCGGAGUUGUACGCCAGCUCAAAGCGGCUCUCUCUCGCGGUCAGAGAUGCUUUGGAGAGGCUCGAGCGCCUCGAUUUCACGUCGUCAUCAUCCUCCUCGCUGUCAUCGUCGACCGCCGUCGUCGCGGGGUCUUCCGAUGACCAAGUAACUUCGAUUCGGAGGGACUUGAACCAGAUCCAGUCGCUCUGCGCCGAUAUGGAUCGACUGUGGCGUUCCAUAGCCUCCAAACCUCAACGCGAUCUCUGGAAAAGGUUUUUAGAAGAUGUUGGUCAAUCUGCAGAUUUCCAAGAAUUGAUAUCGUCGUUAUUCAGUGGAAGGAAAGUAGAACUAGUCAGUGAAGAGGCUGAGUCAUUCAGAGCUAGCUUGGAUAAGCUCCAGGCGAGGCGUCAAAAGCGGAUGCAAGAGGCCCAAGAGAGGGCAGAAUUACUUGGAAGAGCUACUGGGGAUUCGCAUGUUUUGAAGAUUUUUGAUGAGGAGGCACAGGCAAUGGAGUCGGUCCGCCGAUCAUCCAGAGUGCUUGAGGAUACUUUCGCGACAGGAGUUGCCAUUCUUUCCAAGUAUAGCGAGCAAAGGGAUCACUUGAAGAGAGCUCAAAGGAAAGCACUGGAUGUUCUCAACACUUUAGGUCUGUCAAAUUCCCUACUGAGGCUCAUCGAGAGGAGAAACCGUGCUGACAAGUGGAUCAAGUAUGCCGGCAUGUUUAUAACAGUUGUGAUCCUCAUUAUGUUUUGGAGGUGGACAAGAUGAUGAGCUAUACCGAGGAUUUGGUAACAUGAAAUUGUGAAAAAACGAGACACUUAGGAAUUUUGAAUUACUAAAAAAGCAUUUGCAUAUGAUGGUAUGAUUUGCCAUAGGAGUUACAAUUGUAAUUAGUUUAGGUGACAACUGUUAUCAUCAACACCUCCCGUUAUCGACUAUGACUUUGCUGUAUUUUUCAUGUAAGGCUAUAGCCAGUGGGAUGAGUUGACACAUAAUUGCUUGAGUUCGUUUUGAGUAUGGUAAUCAAGUUUCCGCA